AUGUAUCGUUCUCUAUGAUUAUACAGCAAAUUUCAUUGUGGAGUGUCCGACUUUUUCUAUCUCUCGUAAAUAUAAACGAAAAAAAAGCUGGGAAGAUGGUCCUCGAAAGUACAAUGAUAUGUGUUGAUAACAGUGACUACAUGAGAAAUGGAGACUUCCUACCAACACGCCUCCAGGCUCAACAAGAUGCCGUAAAUUUGGUAUGUCAUUCCAAAACAAGAUCGAAUCCUGAGAAUAAUGUAGGAUUAUUGACACUCGCUAACGUCGAAGUGCUGGCCACGCUGACCAGCGAUGUUGGCCGCAUCCUGUCUAAGCUUCACCGUGUGCAACCGAAUGGCGAUAUCAACCUGCUGACCGGAAUCAGAAUUGCCCACUUGGCACUCAAGCACCGUCAAGGCAAGAACCACAAAAUGCGCAUCGUCGUGUUCGUUGGCUCGCCCGUCCACUCCGACGAGAAGGAACUCGUCAAACUAGCAAAGAGGCUGAAGAAGGAGAAAGUAAACUGUGACGUUGUGUCAUUUGGAGAAGAUGCUGAGAAUAAUCCAUUGCUAACAACUUUUGUCAACACCCUUAAUGGCAAAGACAACACUACAGGAGGCAGCCACCUUGUUUCCAUUCCUGCUGGUAAUUGUGUGGUUCUCUCUGAAGCCCUAAUCUCGAGCCCGCUGAUCGGUGGAGAUGGUGCUGGCCCAUCAGGUUCUGGAUUGUCUCCAUUCGAAUUUGGAGUUGAUCCUAAUGAAGAUCCAGAAUUGGCUUUAGCUUUGCGUGUGUCUAUGGAGGAACAGAGACAGCGUCAAGAGGAGGAGUCCCGGCGCCAGCAGGCUAACACUGAGGGUGAGGCUCCUAAGGCUGGGGAAACACAAGACAGUGGCAUGGAGCGGGCUCUGGCCAUGUCUUUGGGCCGCGAGGCUAUGGAGCUGUCAGAAGAGGAGCAAAUAGCCUUGGCCAUGCAGAUGAGCAUGCAACAAGAUGCCCCUGCAGCUGAAGAGAGCAUGGAUGUCUCUGAGGAAUAUGCUGAAGUCAUGAAUGACCCUGCCUUCCUGCAAAGUGUUCUUGAGAACCUACCCGGCGUGGAUCCACAGAGCGAGGCUAUCCGGAAUGCCAUGUCUACUAUCAAGAAAGACAAGGACGAGAAAGAUGACAAGGAUAAAGAUUCAAAGGGCUCAGGUUCAGGUUCUAAAUAAAAUAUUUUUUUUU